AUGUCAUUGUCAGUGCAGCUUCCUACCGCUAAGAAGCUAACAAAAAAAAAUGAUCCAUUGCAUAUUAUUAAAACUAGAAGUCAGACACACUGCAGACCAGCGACUAUCGCAGGACCGAUGGUUAGGUACUCUAAGCUUGCAUUUAGACAAACAUGUCGUCAAUACGACGUCGAUAUCGUGUACACUCCGAUGAUCUUGGCUAGAGAAUUCGUUAGAAACGGACACGCACGUAUGGCUGACUUUACCACAUGUGACGAGGAUUCGCCCCUGAUUGUUCAAGUAGGUGUAAACAAUGUUCCCGAUCUUUUAAAGUUUACUGAAAUGGUCUAUCCAUAUUGUGAUGGGAUUGGUAUUAAUUGUGGGUGUCCCAUUCGUGAACAAGUUAGGGAAGGUAUCGGUUCUGCGUUGAUUUACAAUGGGGAACUAUUAUGUGAUAUGGUAAAAGCUGUCAAAGAUAAAUAUAGGGACUCUGUAAGAUUGGAGACUAAGAUCAGAAUUCACGACGAUGUUAAAGACACUGUUAAAUUGUGCGAUGAUUUAUGCGAAGCUGGUGUAGAUUGGAUAACAGUUCAUGGCAGAACGAGAACAACAAGAUCGUCGGUACCUGUAAACUUAGAUGCAAUCAAAUUCAUUAGAGAGAACAUGAAAUACCAGGAUGUUCCACUGGUAGCAAACGGAGAUUGUUUCACUCUUAAUGAUUGCUAUCGUAUAUCUGAAUACACAAAAGUUGAUGGCGUUAUGGCUGUGCGAGGCUUACUAUGCAAUCCUGCAUUAUUCGACGGCUAUGAUAAGUGUCCAUGGGGUGCUGUAGAGCUAUUUGUUCAUUAUGCAAUGCAAUUUGGCGGACUGCCGUACCAAUUGUUGCAACAUCAUCUAUACACUAUGCUGGAAAAUAUGGGGUUAGACAAACUGUUAUUAAAAGAACUCAUGGAGAUAAAAAAUACAGCUCAUCUAAUAGACUGGCUCGAUGAGAUGUUUGUUCUAAAGCGGAAAGGUGACCCAGGAUUUUCCAAAGUAGUUGAGAUGCCGUUCAGAGACUCUCAACCAAAGAUCUGA